CUGGACAAACGAGGAUGAAGGUGAUGAAGAUGGACAGUCGAGACACCCAGCUGGUUUGCUCUUUGCUGCUGUGUAUCAUCACUCAGGUGUGGUGCCAGCUGUGCACUGGGCGGUGUCAGUGCCCACCCAUCUUGCCACGCUGCCCUGCCGGCGUUCCUCUGAUGUCAGACAGCUGUGGGUGCUGCCAGGUGUGUGCCAGGCAGGAGGGCGAGGCCUGCACCGAGCGGCUGCCCUGUGACGGCCACCGAGGGCUGCAAUGUGACUACAGCGCCAGCUUCCCAGGAGGGCCGGGCCAGUGCGUUGGUCUUAAUGAGCUGGGCUGUGAGAUGAAUGGCAGGAGGCUGGAGGAGGGACAGGUAUUCCAACCCUCCUGUGCCCAGCUCUGCUACUGCCUGGGGGGAGGGGUGACCUGUGUGCCACUGUGCAGCGAUGAUCUGCAGAGGCCUGCUGAUAGGUGCCCCCACCCUCAGCUGGUGCGACUGCCAGGGCGCUGCUGCAAGGAGUGGGUGUGUGAGGGCGUGGACAACAACAUUUCCUCAAAUCCAUCAGCAGCUGAGCAGGCGCGUCAGGACUAUGGGGGUGGACUGUCCAGCCCGCCGUUUGGCUCUAUCGCCAACUGUAUCGAGUGGACCUCAGACUGGAGCCCCUGCUCCCACAGCUGUGGCCCAGGUGUCUCCACCCGCACCACAAACAGGAACUGGGCUUGUCGCCUGCAGACUGAGACCAGACUGUGCCAGGUCAGGCCGUGCCAGACUCUGCUGCCAGGGCUCCGAAGGCCGCAGCCGAGUUCGGGGGUGUGCGAGAGCAGCUACAGUUCACCUCUGUCCAUUCAGUUUGAACACCAGGGCUGCUGGAGCACCAGAGCCUACCGUCCCAGGUUUUGUUCCUUGACCUGUCCGGAGGGACGCUGCUGCAGCCCCUCCAACACCAGGACAGUGCGGAUGGUUUUCCGCUGCCCCCAAGGCAGGCUUACCCAGCAUCAGGUGAUGAUGAUCGAGUCCUGCUCCUGCAGCAUCUCCACCUGCCGUCAGUCCCCAGCCACAGCUGCCCGGAGUGUCCGGUGGUUGUGAGGUGCAUGUGCAUCCAGCUACAAGGAAGAUGGGCAGGUCCGACAAUGUGGUUUUCAAGGAAGUUGAG